AUGGACGAGCUUUUCGAUGUUUUCGACGCUCAACCUGACGCGCAAAACGAGUCACACAGCGAGCCCGAACCUGAGACUGAGGUUGCCGAGCCCCCUCAGAAGUCGCGCAAGAAGGACAAAAAGAGCAAGAAGCGCAAGGCCGAUGGCGGAAUGAAGAAUGGCGUCGCCGACAAGCCAGAGGACGACGACAUGCCCGACGCCGAUGAGACCUCCAAGGAUGGCCAGGACGCUGAUGAGGCAGAGGAUGCUGCCGCUUCAUCCGACGAACAGCAGGAGCCCCACAAAGACAAGCGGAGGAAGAAGGAAGACGAGGCCCAGCCUGUCUUGACCGACACCUUCCAGACUGCUCAGUCCCGAGAGGUUGCUGGUGCUGCUGUCUUCACUCCAGCCCAGGACGAAUCGCUCGUUCUGUCCCACAACAUCCAGCACCAAGUCGCCCUGCCGCCUGACCUGGACUACGAAUACAUCCCCCUCUCCGAGCAUAAGCCGCCCGCGGAGCCAGCACGCCAGUACAGCUUUAAGUUAGAUCCCUUCCAGGCGCUGUCUGUCGCUUCGAUUGAGAGGGAGGAGAGUGUGUUAGUCUCCGCCCACACCUCUGCCGGAAAGACGGUCGUCGCCGAAUACGCGAUUGCGCAAUGUCUGAAGCGCAAUCAGAGAGUCAUUUACACGAGUCCCAUCAAGGCCCUCAGCAACCAGAAAUACCGAGACUUCGAGGCACUAUUUGGCGAUGUCGGUCUGAUGACUGGUGAUGUCACGAUCAAUCCCACCGCCAGUUGCUUGGUCAUGACGACCGAGAUUUUGCGCUCCAUGUUGUACCGUGGUUCCGAGAUCAUGCGCGAGGUUGCUUGGGUCGUCUUUGACGAAAUUCACUACAUGAGAGACAAGACUAGAGGUGUCGUUUGGGAAGAGACCAUCAUUCUUCUUCCUGAUAAGGUCCGCUACGUCUUCCUGUCCGCCACCAUUCCCAACGCCUUCCAGUUUGCGGAAUGGAUUGCCAAGAUUCACCACCAGGCAUGUCACGUCGUCUACACCGAUUUCCGUCCGACGCCCCUUCAAAACUAUUUCUUCCCUGCCGGUGGUAACGGUAUCUUCCUUGUUGUCGACGAGAAGGGCGUGUUCAGAGAAGGCAACUUCCAGAAGACCAUGUCCCUCAUCGAGGCGGGCAAGGGUCAAGACCCCAACAACGCAAACGCAAGUUGGAAGGGCAAGGGAGCCAAGAAGCAGACGCAAAAGGGUGGACAGGCGUCCGACAUGAAGUCUGAUAUUUCCAAGAUUAUUCGCAUGAUCAUGCAGAAGAGCUUCCACCCUGUCAUUGUUUUCAACUUUAGCAAAAAGGAGGUUGAGAACCUGGCUCUGCAGAUCUCUCACUUCCAGUUCAACAACGACUCGGAGCAGGCCAUGGUUAAGACCGUGUUUAACAACGCCAUCCAGAGCUUAUCUGAGGCUGAUCGCGAGCUUCCCCAGAUCCAGAACCUGCUUCCCCUGUUGCAAAAGGGUAUCGGUGUGCAUCACUCUGGUCUUCUCCCCAUUCUGAAGGAGACCAUCGAGAUUCUGUUCCAAGAGUCUCUGAUCAAGGUGCUUGUCGCAACAGAGACCUUCUCCAUUGGUCUCAACAUGCCCGCCAAGACCGUCGUCUUCACCCAGACCAACAAGUGGGAUGGAGUUCAACGGAGACCUCUUACCCCGUCCGAGUACAUUCAGAUGUCUGGUCGUGCUGGUCGUAGAGGUUUGGAUACGCGUGGUAUUGUCAUCAUGAUGAUUGACGACAAGAUGGAGCCUGAUACUGCCCGCGGCAUGGUCGUGGGUGAGCAGGAUCGUCUUAAUUCCGCCUUCUACCUCGGCUACAACAUGAUCCUCAACCUCUUGAGAAUCGAGGCUAUUUCCCCCGAGUUCAUGCUUGAGCGUUGCUUCCAUCAGUUCCAGACAGGUGCUAGUGUCCCAGCUUUGGAACGUGACUUGGUCGCUCUCCAGCAAGAGAGGGACAGCAUGUCCAUCGCUGAUGAGGCUACAGUCAAGGACUACUACAACCUCCGCAACCAGUUGGAACAGUACACUAGCGACAUGCGCGCUGUCAUUCAGCACCCUGAGCACUGCACCGACUUCAUGCAGCCCGGCCGUCUGGUUCGCAUUCACGACCCCAAGAAGACCAACAACACUAUUGGCGGCACCGACUUCGGCUGGGGUGUCGUGGCGAACCUGAUCCGCCGCGACCGCAACCGCAAGCAAGGCGAGCCAGAGUACCCUCCUCAGGAAUCCUGCCUCAUCGACGUCAUGAUGGUUGUAGACCAGAAGAGCGCACCUGUUGCCGAAGGCUCCAGGCAUUUGACCUCUGAUCUGCCAAAGGGCCUGGUCCCCUACCCGAACCCCGAACAGCCGGACAACGGAGCUCGCUUUGAGAUUAUCCCUUGUCUUCUGACCUGCGUCAAGUCCAUCAGCCAGAUCAGAGUUUUCAUGCCCAAGGACUGCAAAUCCCAGUCCGCGCUUAACGAGGUCGGCAACUCUCUUCGGGAGGUUCACAGACGCUUCCCUGAUGGACUGCCCAUCUUGGACCCUGUUGAGAACAUGGGCAUCAACGACGAUUCUUUCAAAGCCCUGAUGAGGAAGAUUGAGAUGUUGGAGGCGCGCCUCCUCACCAACCCUCUUCACGGAUCACCACUGCUGCCAGAGCUCUACCUUCAGUAUCGCUCCAAGGAGAAACUCGGCGAGCAGAUCAAGUCCAAGAAGAAGGAGAUUGCAAGACUCCACAGCAUUGCGCAGAUGGAUGAGCUCAAGGCGCGCAAGCGUGUCCUGCGCCGUCUUGGAUUCCUUAACGAGUCUGAGGUUGUCGAGCUCAAGGCUCGUGUCGCCUGCGAGAUCUCAUCCACCGAAGGUCACGAACUUGUUCUCGCCGAGCUUCUCUUUGAUCGCUUCUUCAACGAGCUCUCCCCCGAGCUCAUUGCCGCUACACUCAGCUGUUUCGUCCUGGACGAGAAGCUUGAGACGGCAGCUUUGCGUGAGGAAUUGGCCAAGCCCUACCGGGAGGUUCAGGCCAAGGCUAAGCAGGUCGCCAAGGUCAGCCGUGAGAGCAAGCUUGAGCUCAACGAGGAGGAGUACCUGGCUGGUUUCAAGUGGCAAUUGAUGGAGACUGUUUACUCGUGGGCACAAGGCAAGCCGUUUGCAGAUAUCUGUAAAAUGACCAAUGCCUACGAAGGUUCUCUUAUCCGCCUCUUCCGCCGUCUGGAAGAGCUUCUGCGCCAGAUGGGCCAGGGCGCCAAGGUCAUGGGCAGCGACGAGCUUACACAAAAGUUUGAGGACAGUCUCGCCAAGAUCCGCCGUGACAUCGUCGCAGCCCAGAGUUUGUACCUGUAA